GAAUGCUGUGAUAUAAUCAAAUCUGACUUUAUGUUUCUGUUGUGUUAGCUGUGAUUUUGAUAUGAACAGCACAUCAUGGUGAUGAUGAGUUAAAUAUUAACUAUAUCAGUGGUUCGGGUGACUGUUUCUGAGAACAUUACUAGGUAAAAAUUACUUUAAAAAAAACGCAGAUUUUCAUCUGGGGAAGAGGCAAGAUGGCGACAGGUGGCAGAGCAGAGGAAGAUCUGCAGCAGGGCCGCCUGGAAAUGCUGCUCCCCACUCAGCCUACAGCCCAGGCUGAGGAAGCCCAGGGCACAGGAGAGAAGAUGGGCUGGGCGCAGGUAGUAAAGAACCUGGCGGAGAAGAAGCACGACUUUCGUGAGCCUUGGCGGGGAGAAGGAAGGGGCAGAGGUGCGGGUGUCAGGCUGGGCAGCCCCGCGGGCCUGGCCGCUCCGAACCCCGGCAACUUCCCACCUGCGGGCCGCGGGGACCCGAGGGGCUGCACUAGAGACCCUGCGGGCUAUGCGGCAGAAGCUUGCAGGAUGCAGGGAGCCGGAGACGCGAAUCAGAGGAGGAUGGCCGAGGUGGCAGUGGCAGCGGCGGCGGCCAUGGCGUCCCCCUCCCCCGCCAGGCCUGUUGCGACCCAAGACGCAACUGCGGAGAUAACACUGCAGGAUGAGCCAGCAGCGGCCAUGCCUGGUAAGGGCCGCUUCCUUGUGCGCAUCUGUUUCCAGGGAGAAGAGAGUGCCUGUCCGACCCGGGAUUUCGUGGUGGGCGCGCUCAUCAUGCGCUCCAUCGGCAUGGAUCCUGGGGACAUCUAUGCUGUCAUUCAGAUCCCUGGCAGCCGCGAGUUCCAUGUGAGCUUCAGAUCUGCAGACAAGCUUGCCCUGUUUCUCCGCAUCUAUGAGGAAAAGCGGGAGCUGGACGACUGCUGGGAGAACUUUGUCGUGUUGGGGCAGAGCAAGACCGGCUUGAAGACCCUCUUCAUCCUGUUCCGGAAUGAGACUGUGGAUGUGGAGGAUAUCGUGACCUGGCUCAAGCGCCACUGCGAAGUGCUGGCCUUGCCAGUGAAAGUGAUUGACAGGUUUGGGAUUUGGACUGGGGAGUACAAGUGUGAGAUUGAGCUGCGCCAGGGGGAGGGCGGAGUGAGGCACCUGCCUGGCUCCUUCUUCUUGGGAACGGAGAGGGGCUACAGUUGGUACAAGGGGCAGCCCAAGACGUGCUUCAAAUGUGGUUCCCGAACCCACAUGAGCAACACCUGCACGCAGGACAGGUGUUACAGGUGUGGGGAGGAAGGGCACAAGAGCCCUUACUGCCGGAAGAUCGUCAUGUGCAACCUCUGUGGCAAGGGAGGACACAUGUUUGCUCAGUGUCCCAAAGCAGCUCACAAUUCCAUGCGCUUCUCCCUGCCAGGUUGAACACACAGCUAGCUUACCCACUUAAGUGCCAAAACCUUUUUUUUUUUUUUCUUCUUUAAGAUCAUUUUUCCCUUUUUGGAAGGAAACUUGUCACAAUUUUUUUUUUUUUUUGGAAGGAGAUAUUUCUAAAACUUAACAGAGACAUUCGCUAUAUGCCUUUUUAAAACCACGUGUGCUUUUUUCCAGGCUGUUUAAAAAGGACUGUGCAGAACUGUAGUGUGCAAAUAUGUUGCCUCCCCCCACCAACACCACCUUUUUUCUUCUGUUUUACAUUGGUUUUGGUACUUUCUUCAUCACCCUGCCUGCCUCUGUACUUUUACUACCUCCUGCUUCAUCCAUGUCUCAUCAGAAGAUUUUUGCCCUUUGGACUGCUUUGCUCAGUUUUAUGCCUCAGCCCUGGGUACAGGGCCCAAUGCAAGAUAGGCUUUCAAUCAAGCAUUUAUUAAAUUGAAAAUGUAGUCCACUAGCUCUAUCUAGAGUGCCUACCUUGUGGAGCUCUCUGCUGAGCUCUUGUUAUUUGCUGCUUCUAUGUAAUAUGAAAAUUUGUGAAAACAGUGUUGCUGGAAGUGUGUAAUCCAAAUAAGCUCUGAAAGGUGGCCAAGGCCUUUCAUAGCAUUUAAACCUAUCUCCUAUGUGAUAGUUCCUUAUGGCUCAGAAGCCAUAAUUCUGUAGGACUGUGGAGCUUAGGCAGUUCUUCUGGGAAUGACACAAGAGGUGAUUUUUUUGGAUUUUCUUUGGGGGAGCUUGCUUUUGUUUUGUGUAUUGAUUUGAGAUAGGGUCUCACUCUGUAGUCCGGACUGGUUUGGACCUGGCUGCAUUCCUGGACCAGUUAAAUGAAUGGGUCAAACUUAACAGUGGUGUGGUGCAUCAGACAGUGCACAUUAGAGUCCACUGCCCCCAUGCAUGAUGCUCAUCCCAGUACCUCUCACACUUCACAACAGUCUCCUUGACAAUGAUGGGCCAAGGAAGUCUCUCUCCAGGGAGACGGUCCCAGCAUGAAGCUGAGACACCAUCCCCUGAAAGAGCAGAAAGAGAAGCUUGUCUUGCCAUUUCAUAGUAAGGGACCUAGGGGAAGGACCAGUGAACACACUGCAGGCUGCAUGCGUGCAUCAGUCCUUGGAGUGAAUGCCACAUCUUCAAUGUUCCACUGUCAUUGUCAGCAUUGAGAAAUGGUUCCCCUCAGGAAAGAAACUUGCCAGACUUUUACAUUUGCACCUCUGCCUCAUUUACUAGGAACCCCAGAGAAGCUAGAAAGAGAGCUCAUCUGAAACCUUCGACCUCUGAUGCUCAGGAGAAAGGUGGUUUUAACCCAGAAUCAUGAAUGAGCUGUGAAAUGGAAAAUGUUCUUGGGGAAACAGGCCAAGAGAGAGGGCCUGAGUCAACUAAGUGUUCUCAAGUUAAAGUGAAAGACAGUAAGCUGCUUUUUUCAGUUUUUGUCUUCUCUUUGCAGUUUUGCUAUUUUCUUGUGGCUUAGAAUGUAAAACCAGAUGUUCAGAUUUCUUCUCAAUAAAUAUUUAUCUUUCUUGCCUACGAAAAAUCUUGAGUUGUGUGGAUUUAUAAGGUGGCCAUACACAUGACAUUGUAAAUAAAUAGCAGUUUCUGCAUGUGUAGAGUUCUGUAAUAGUGCUGGAAAAUGAUGUCAUUUUUGCAGAGUUACAACUAAGGUUGCCUGUGAAUAUAAGGAUGGAUAUAGAGAAAACUAUUUAAAAUGACAUACCUUCAGCGAUGCUGCCAAAGAAGGACUGCCUCUGGGUUCAAUAUUUCUGAGCCUAAUGUAUCAGGCUAUAUUAAUACAAUGGGAAUUAUUUUUUCUCAUUUAAAUGAUACAUGUUUCUUUAAUCAAAAAAAAUUAAAAUAUUCAGUCAUGUCUGUGGGAAGCAAAAAUAUAAUACCCUAGGAUACACUAAUUCCUGACUAGUUUUUGCAUUUGAAGGCAAUGGUACAAUCAUCAAGUCUGCCAGGAUGUUUUUUACUUGCGUUAGUUGUGAUUUUGAAAUUAACAGCACAUGAUGAUGAUGAGUAAAAUAAUAGCUAUAGUAAUGGUCCAGGGUUUCUAAGAACAAAACAAUGUAAAAAUUAGUUUAAAAAAAAUUUUUUCAAGAAGGAUGAUAGAUUGUAAUUUAAUGGAAUUUUGAUGUUUUAUUUAGAAGAGACUCCCCAUCAUUGAUCAUUUUUGUAUAUGAUGUUAUUAAAACAACAAGAACAAGAGAAA